AGAAAUCACGGUUACCGUAUAUAUUCAUUUCACUAUUUUCUCUACAGACGUAUUAUUAGCCCUUAAAGAAUAUGGACCCCGAGAUAGAGUUGUUUGAAGAGGAAAAUAUCAUCGACAUUGGCCUCCAGAGCGACUUGCACAAGGGCAAGUCGCCCGAGGAGUACGAGGCAGCAGACAUCUCCCAGGACUUUGAAAGCCUCAGGGUGCACAGUGACAUCAGCUACUUGAACUCCGGAUCCUCUGAGUCGCUUUCGCCCAAGCGCAACCUUGAGCACCUCACAGCAGAGCCGUUGGACGAUGAGUUCCAGCGGAAUAUCGACGAACGCGCUCACCAGAUUGGAAACGACUCGUUCCAUGGGACGGUUCCCAAGAAAGCAAACCUCCAGUUCCAAAACGCCGAUUGCGAGGACCUCCGUACGGAAAUCAAUGAUUGGUUCUCUAUCACCGAGAUCCGUGGCCUCAAUCUUGCAGGCUUGGCCGCGGGGUUCAAGGGGAGUUUCACUAAAAGCAAAAGAUGCGAGCAGGAGAAGGUGGUGAAGCGGUUGCUCGGCCUCUUGAAGGAGACUGAGAGUCAACUUUAUGCAUCCCAGUCUCUCCUAUACAUUGCCUUUGGGUGCUAUGCGGAGUUAACCAGCGAAAAGGACCAGGUAGCGCAGAUCGUGGUGAAUGGGAGGGUUCUUUUAUCCUGUGGGGUUGUCAAUGUCCUCAGUUCGCUCCUCAAGUUGCUUCUGACCGACCUACUGGGCAAUGAGCAGCUCUACUACAAUAUUCUCACGAUCCUCUACUUUGUAUUGGUGGUGUACAAUGACCAGAGAAAUGCCAGUCAAAUCAGUGAUGACCGUAUCAGAUCUGACUUAGCCCAGCAGGACCUUUUCAGUUCCGUCAUCAUGCUCAUCGAGCGCUGGCGCUGGAAUCCGCAGCACAGCUUUCGGAUCCGCAAUCUCCUCCUGGUGGCGUGGAAGUUGGCGCUUGUCGAGCUUGGGGGCAUGGAGGACAUGAAGCGGACAAAGGCGUUUCUCAGGCAAAAUGCAAAUAUUGCUGACUGUUCCUCUGAAUCCAAGGUUACUGCCUUGGACUUUCACGUGUUUCGCGAAGAUGUCACGGCAAAGUUUCCUACCUACAACGCACCAGUCUCCACCCUACCAGAACUUUUCGACAACCCCGGCUCCUUGUCCCAGUUGAUUGACAAACCCAGACCAUUGGCGUCCAACUCCAUUAACAUUCAUUUACCCACACCGGAAAUCCAUAUUUCGACGCCCGCGCCGUCGCCCCCAUCCACCCCUUUGGCACUGCCCGCUAGCAAGAUCAAGCGCACAUAUCAGACCAACCAGUCUUUUCCAUUUCUCUACCCCAGCGACUCUUCGGAUGAGGAGGGCGAUGCAAGCGAACACACGUUUGAGAAUGUCCCAUACAGCAUCAAGGAAGCGGGAGAGAUCAUCUACAAGAAUAUACGCCGAACAGUAACUCAGAAACAGCUAUGGCUUGAGCGAAACGCAUUGAUGAGGCAGGAGCGCGGCUGGAUUGACACUCUCGACGAAGCUGAAGACGGAUUUAUCUACUCUGAGGAAACUAUCAAGGCGUUCCCAGUGUUUGAAUUCCAGAUUCGCUCGUUGAUGCGCACGGAGGAGCUCUACGGCCGCAUCUUCCCGAACCUUAGUUCGCUCGUGUAUGUGAUUGUUCAGGUGAUAAAGUCAAAUAAUGUCCAUCUCAAUUUAUCGCCGAACACGCUUGUCGACACAGAGGUGAAGCAGCAGUUAGAACUCCUCCGUGUGAAGGAGUUGUCUCUCAAGGCCGCCACGGGACUCUUACUCGUACUUGGAAAGUGGUUCAAGUUGUCUCACGUGUUGAAGUGGACGUACUUCAGCUCUAUUAUCUUCGAUAACGACUUCUACACCGUGGUGUUGGACCUUUUCAGUGAGAAGCACCCCAAGGACGAGAUUCCUCCGAAUCCCAUUGACGCUACCCAGGGCCAGCACCCGAUUGUAGAGGUCCUUCAGGAUAGUGCGCUCUUCGACCGCUUGCUCAAUCCCGCAUUUGAGGUGCCUGAGUAUAGCUUCUUCGCCAUCUGUAUUCCUCGGAAAGUGGAUCAGCCGGUGCUCUUCCAUAUUACUCAGCCCGCAACUAUCUUCUCCCUGCCGGCAAUCACCGAGUUCAACUGGCGGUACGCGUACAUCAUGACUAAUUUGUUUACAGUGAUGGCCAAGGUCUCGCUCUCCAAGACACAAAGAGUGAUUGUCUUGUGCGACAAGAAGCCAUCAGACACGUUUCGGUACGCGUUGCGCUUCUACAACGCGGAAAUAUAUGCGCCGGUGCUCAAAAUGGUGAAGACGCUUGUGGCAUAUAACGGCCGCAAGUGGAAGUCCAACAACAUGGAUUUAAUUUCGUUAGUGUAUUUACACUCCAAAUUGGGCUUGCGCGACAACUGGCUUACGGGUAAGGACAUCGAGGGCGAGAUCCGCGACGCUUACGCCCAGGAGGUGGCGCUUAGAGGCUUGGCACAGUAUUACCACAUGAAGCGGUACAAGGGCAAGAUGGCUGAUUUGGGGUAUGAAAUCAGCGAGUUUGACUUCUUUGGGACUGACAUCGAUGUGAUGACAUAGGGCGAAAUGGUUGUUACAAUGAUGAGGAAAAACAUCAGUGGUUUACGUAUCGAAGAGUGAGAUUUAAUAACAUAGUCCUUGGU